GUACAGGUAAGCAUAAUUGUGUUCCAUUCAGAAGGAGAAGAUGAAUUUGUUGUGAUUUAAUUUUUUUUGAUAAGUGAUUUUGAGAAUUCAAAAUGGAGGAGUGUUAUCCACUGGACAAAGAAAAUCCGAAAGAAAGUGCCAAUUUGAUUUCGAAUUUGUUUUUUGCUUGGAUGGGAAAAGUCUGUUAUGAAAGUAACAGGAAUGGACUGGAGUUGAAAAAUCUAUAUAAAUGUCAGAAUAAGGACAAGUCUGCGAAGCUAGGAGAUCGCCUGGAACAAAUAUGGUAUAAAGAGCUAGAACAAGGUAAACUAAAGGGAAGAAAACCCAGUUUACUCAGAGCUCUCUUGAAAGCUUUUCUAUGGAGAUAUUUAGCUUGGGGUUUACUCGCAUUCAUCAACAAUGUAGUGCUCAGAGUUAUUCAGCCCUUGGUUUUGUCCGCUUUUAUUAAGGUAUUUUCAAGACCAGAUCAUACAGUUGAAGAGACCAUAAUAUAUGGCACAUUAUUGUGUGCUCUUACCCUUACAUCAACGUUCUUGAACCAUCAUACAAACUGUGGAACUAGUACAAUUGGAAUGAGAAUAAGAGUUGCUGUAUCUGCUCUUAUCUACAGAAAGAUAUUGAAGCUGAGCCAACGUUCUCUUGGACAAACAGCAGCUGGUCAGGUAGUUAAUCUUUUAUCGAAUGAUGUGGCCAGAUUUGACUUGGUAGUAAUGCCGCUGAAUUAUAUCUGGAUGGGACCUAUUCAAAUCCUCCUGGUUGGUUACCUUAUGUGGAGGGAGAUGGGACCAAGUUCGUUAGUUGGCAUAAUUACAAUGAUAGUGAUCACACUACCAGUUCAGUUGUUCAUGGGAAGCGUAACCUCAAAAUUCAGAAUGCAAGUUGCGAAAAGGACAGAUCACCGAGUAAGGAUUAUGAGCGAAAUCCUGAACGGUGUCCAAGUCAUCAAGAUGUACUCUUGGGAAACUCCGUUUGAGGCUGUCGUUGAGGAAGCCAGAGCACGGGAAGUUAAGUACCUAAGAAGAGCGGCAUACAUCAGAAGUAUUUUGGUCAGUUUUAUGGUCUUCGUCGAGAGGACAACCUUGGCGGUGACCGUUAUCUGUUACGUCCUCAUGGGACACGAAAUCAGAGCAGAUUUGGUAUUUUCUCUAGCGAUGUACUUCAAUCUGUUGCAACUCACGGUUGCCAUCAUGUUUCCCAUGAUUAUAUCAUUCGGUGCUGAAUCCUUGGUGUCUAUAAGGAGACUUCAGGACUUUUUGCUGAUGGAGGAGAAGGAAACAUUCAAGAUACGCGAAACAGAAGACAACAGUAUACGCUUGAAAUAUGUGGAAGCUUGUUGGGUGCCAUCCACACCUAUUCUUAAAGGCUUAACCCUCAAGCUUCCUCCAGGAGUGUUGUGCGCUGUUAUUGGUCCAGUGGGCUCUGGAAAAUCUUCUUUCCUCAAACUUCUUCUUGGUGAACUAAUGCCUUCUUCAGGGACUGUAGAAUUCAAUGGUGAUAUAUCAUACGCCUCUCAAGAACCAUGGCUUUUCGCCUCGAACGUUCGUAACAAUAUCCUUUUCGGCGAAGAAUAUAACAGAUCCCACUAUAAAACAGUUGUUAAAGUAUGUGCAUUGGAAAAGGAUUUCGAGCAAUUUCCAGAGGGAGAUAAGACAAGGGUUGGAGACAGAGGAGUGUCACUGAGUGGAGGUCAAAGAGCCAGGAUCAAUUUGGCGAGGGCAGUUUAUAAAGAUUCUGAUAUUUAUUUACUGGAUGAUCCUUUGUCUGCUGUUGAUACUAAAGUGGGACGCCACUUAUUCGAUAAAUGCAUCCUCGAACAUUUGAAAGGAAAAACAAGGAUAUUGGUAACUCAUCAGCUGCAAUAUUUGAAAAAAGCGGAUAUUAUAAUAGUGCUGAAUAAGGGUUGUAUAGAAGCUCAAGGCACAUUCGAGGAAUUGUCGGAGAGUGACCUUGAUUUCACUAAAUUACUAAUUGCUGCGGAUGAAUCUUCGGAGAAUGAAACUUCACAUAAACUUCAGAGAUUAAUUUCAGUAGCUUCGGUAGCGACAACAAUAUCUUUGACUGGAGAAUUAUCGAACGAGAUCUUAGACAACGAUAAUAUGGAGGAAAAAAGCGCUUACAAAGGUUCGGCUUUCUGUGCCUACAUCAGCAAGGCAGGAAAUCUAUGCUGGUUGAGUAUCAUAGUGUUUUUCAUCGUUUUCUGUCAGGUCCUCCUGAGUUCUUCGGAUUACUGGAUAACCAUCUGGACGAGCCAAGAAGAAUUUCGUCACAGUAUCGAAUACAUCAACGCAUCAUUCGAUACAUCUCAAAUCAAAAUUUUCAACCCCAAUAUGACAAACACAUACUAUACAUAUAUCCUUGGAGAUGCCGAAACCAGGAACUCAAUAUCAAAUGGUACAGAAAUGGUUACAUCCUGGUUGGGAGAUUUUACAGACAGUCUCUUUUAUUAUGUUACUGUGAAUGGGGUCCAGCAUAUGUUAUGGAAAGAAGAGGCUCAGAUGUAUAUAUAUGGCACCUUGAUCAUAUCAGCCAUACUUGUGACAAUAAUUAGAUCAACUACGUAUUUUGCUGCUUGUAUGACGGCUUCGAAAAAUCUGCACAACAAAAUGUUUCAUUGCUUGUUGGAGGCACCGAUGAGGUUUUUCGAUACUAAUCCUGCAGGAAGAGUGCUGAAUCGGUUUUCUAAAGAUAUGGGAGCCAUUGAUGAAAUGCUGCCGAAGGCCUUAAUAGAUGUGAUUCAGAUCUUGAUGGUUGUUUGUGGUAUCCUAGUGAUGGUUACCAUCUCCAACCCCUUCAUGUUGAUACUAAUAGUGAUAUUAGGUAUAGUGUUUUUCGUGGUUAGAAUUUGGUACAUCAAUACAGCCAGAUCCCUUAAACUACUUGAAGGAGUUGCCAAAUCCCCUGUCUUUUCUUACAUCAGUUCAACAAUCAAUGGAUUGACUACUAUAAGAGCCACGAAAAAUGAGAGUAUCUUAGUUAAACAGUUCGACGAACAUCAGGACGUACAUUCUUCUUCGUGGUGGCUUACUAUAGCCUGCGCAUCUACCUAUGGUCUGUGGCUAGACCUGAUAUGUGUUGUGUUCGUAUGUUGUGUAGUUUGUGGUUUCAUAAUAUUAGACCAAUACACCAACGUCCAAGGUAGCUUCAUAGGUUUGGGGAUAUCCCAAUCUAUUAUUUUGGUUGGAAUGCUACAGUAUGGCAUGAGGCAAGUUGCUGAAGUAGUAAAUUACCUGACAAGCGUAGAAAGAGUGCUCGAAUAUACGCAGUUAGAAAGAGAGCAUCCUCUAGUAACUCCGAAAGAUAAAAUGCCUCCAGAAUCCUGGCCAAGCGAAGGAAUGGUUGUUUUUCAAAAUUUGGUAUUGAGAUAUAGUGAAGACGACCCACCGGUGAUUAACAACUUGAGCUUACAAAUUUACCCGACAGAAAAGAUCGGCAUAGUUGGUAGGACAGGAGCAGGAAAAUCCUCACUAAUAGGAGCUUUAUUCAGGUUGGCUCUUAUAGAGGGAAAAAUAAUAAUAGACGAUAUUGACACGAAGACCUUGGGGUUGAGAGAUUUACGUAGAAAAAUUUCCAUAAUUCCUCAAGAGCCAGUCCUUUUUUCGGCCAGCAUGCGGUACAAUUUGGAUCCUUUCAACGAAUUCAGUGAUGAUAAGUUAUGGGAUGUCCUUGAAGAGGUUGAACUUAAAGAUGAAAUAAAUAGCUUAGACUUCAUGAUCACUGAAGGUGGAAGUAACUUCAGUGUCGGCCAAAGACAGCUUGUAUGUUUAGCUAGAGCGAUAUUGAGAAACAACAAAAUAUUGAUUUUGGAUGAAGCAACGGCUAACGUCGACCCCAAAACUGACGAACUCAUACAGAAGACCAUAAGAAGAAAGUUCAAAAGAUGCACAGUGCUCACCAUAGCACACAGGCUAAAUACCAUUAUGGACUCUGAUAAGGUCCUUGUUCUGGACAGUGGGUGUAGGGUUGAAUUUGAUCAUCCCCAUGUACUGCUACAAGAUCCGGAAGGGUAUUUCACGAGAAUGCUGAACGAGACUGGACCUUCAAUGACGCAAUCUUUGAAACUUGUGGCAUUCGAAGCCUAUCAGACAAAAAUGUCUGGCUUACUCUGAUAGAAUUAGAUUAUUCAAAUAUAUAGGAUAAGUGUGCAGUUCUUCUUUGGAGAUAAGUGAAUGAUUUUUAUGAAGUUAUGAAUGCUAAAACAUAUGAGUUCAGAAGAUGUAUUAAUAGUACAAAAAUUGGCCUACUACAAAGAAAGUUAGGUAUUUUUUUCAUUUAUAAUUUAUAAGAAUACUUGCCAAAAGUAUAUUGAUUGAAUGGAGAUCUUCUUGUAUUUUCUGUAAAUUGAAUAAAAAUUUGUUCAAUA